AUGCUUGAGAAAACAAAAAUGCUCAACACAAAGGACUACAAUGCUUUGAGCUUGGCUCAGCCCACGAAUUUCAAGUCCAUGUUAAAAUCUGGCGAGCUACUCUGGGGCACCGGAAACCGAAUCCCCCAUGAAGAGGCGGCACGAAUUGUUGCUUCAACCCCGUAUCAUUUUUGUUUUAUAGACGCGGAGCACACACCUCUGAACGCAACACUCCUUGUCAGUCUUAUUCGAACGAUUCAAUAUCACUCAAAUGGCUCGAUGGCAGAGGAAUUGGUCCGGUUCGCUCGGUUUCCGCCAAUGGGGGACCGUAGCUUCCCACCUGCCGCUCUGAUCAAUGAUCAGCAAAAUAGAACGCCAGAGGGCCAAACAACCUAUGAUGUGUGGAACAACCAUGCAGCUGUGAUUUGCCAAAUUGAGGAUCUGCAAGGUUUAGAAAACAUUGACGAGAUAUGCAAAGUUCCAGGUGUUGACGGCCUUUUCAUCGGUACCGGUGAUUUACGCAUGUGCAUGGACUUGGCCGUAGGCAGUCUCGAUGGGGAUGAACCUGUUUUUACCUCUGCCCUCCAAAAGAUCCGAGAUGCGGCAAAGGCCAAUAAUCUUCCAAUCAUGGGAUUUGGCAUCUCCCCUUCUACCCUUGAGCGCAGGAUUGAGAUGGGCUGGAAUGCAUUCAUCAUCCAUGGCGACAUUGAUGCCAUAUGUACAUCAGCUAUUCAGUCCCUGAACACAUACAGCGAUGCUGCCAAUCGCCAUCUAUUUGCGGGGAAGAAGAACGGAAUCGUCUCUCAACACAUUAAUCUGCAAAAGGUUACCAGUUUAAAGCUUUCCCAGAUGGCGGACCUUGCGACCAAUGUCAAAGCAGUUAUUGCCCAACAGUUUGAUGUGUCCAUCGAUAUGGUGACCAACAACGCCAACCUUCAGGAUGACUUGGUAGCAGACGGGUCAAGUAUGACACACAUGGCAGCCGCCCUUUUAGAGAGAUUUGACAUAAACAUUACGGAUGAAGAUACGGACCAAUUCAUUACAACCCAGGAUAUCAUCGACUAUGUUGAGACCAAGCUGUGUGGUGGUACAGCCUGUAGAGGGCUGUCAAUUACAUGGAGGCUACAUCUCUGGCGCCGGUCAGACGGGUUUUCGAAGCUGUGCUUGAACUUCACCGACGCCGCACACUAG